AUGAGCAACAACGAGGAUGCCGCCAUCAGCGACCUGUGCCGCAAGAUUGAGCGCGAGAAGACGCUGAUUGCAGGCUUCAACUCUAUGCGACAGGCCACAAACAACAGCCAAGUCAACUCGCGUAUCGACUCGCAGGUUCGCGAUGCCCAGAGGAACCUCAAGUACUUCGAAAAGACGCUGCAGGACUUGCAGUCUCGCAAGCUGGGCGACCAUGUCUCCAACAUGAACCUCAACAACGACGCAGGCCCGCCGCCGCCCUCGCACCAGAACGACCAACAAGACCCCGGCAGCUACGGAGCCCCCGGCCCCGGCGGGUACAGCGAAGGCGGCGGCAACGGCCUGAUGCCCCCUCGCGCUCCCUACGCCCCGCCCGCCCCCGGCCAAUCCGGAAUUAAGAACAGACCCAACUACAGCCGGCUGGACCUCAUCAAGGCCGAAACACCCCAUCUCGGCCCGCGCAUUCAGCUCAUGCUGUCACAACUCGAGUUCAAGCUCAGUGUCGAAAAACAGUACAAGGAUGGUAUCGAGAAGAUGGUACGUUUGUACCAGCUCGAGGGAGACCGCAAGAGCAGGGCAGAGGCCGAGGGCCGUCGCAUCGAGAGUAGCCAGAAGAUCCACCUUCUCAAGCAAGCUCUGAAGCGCCAUGAGGACUUGCAUGUCGCCGACAUUAGCACCGACAUGCAAGACGAUGACAGCUUGAACAUCCCCAGUCAGCGCAAGCCCCUCAGCGGAUACCUGUCUAUCCGCAUCCAGGCCAUCGCCGACGUCGACCAUGCCGCGACGGGUAGAUUCUCGCGCGGACCCGAGACUUUUGUCAUCCUCAAGGUCGAGGACAGCUUCAAGGGCCGCACCAAGGCCACACGAACGGACCGCUGGACAGACGAGCAACACGACUUUGACAUCGACAAGGCCAACGAGAUUGAGCUGACAGUAUAUGAUAAGGCCGGCGAACAUCCCAUGCCAAUUGGUAUGCUCUGGGUGCGCAUCUCGGACAUUGCGGAGGAGAUGCGUCGCAAACGUAUCGAGACCGAGGUUAAGAACUCUGGCUGGAUCUCUGCAGACCACAUGGGCGACUCGGGCCCACGUCCCGACAUGCAAUUCUCUCCUCCCCCUGGAAGCUCAGGUGCUGGUUCAGCACACGCCGGUCAGCAAGGGCCCUCUGGUGGCUUUGGAGGCGGUCCAGCACCCUUGACCAACCCCGUUGUCAUUGACGAUUGGUUCUCGCUCGAGCCUGUCGGCAAGAUCAAGCUGAACUUGAGUUUCGGUGCACCAUUCGACGUCGGACUUGGGCGCAAGGGCGCUGUCCGCCAGCGCAAGGAAGAUGCAGUCGAGCAAUACGGACACAAGUUUGUGCAGCAGACCUUCUACAACGUCAUGCGCUGUUCGCUAUGCGGCGACUUCCUCAAGUACACGGCUGGUAUGCAGUGCUCAGACUGCAGGUUGACAUGCCACAAGAAGUGCUACCCAAGCGUCGUCACAAAGUGUAUCAGCAAGUCCAACGCCGAAUCCGACCCCGACGAGGAGAAGAUCAACCAUCGCAUUCCUCAUCGUUUCGAGGCCUUUUCCAACAUGGGUGCCAACUGGUGCUGCCAUUGCGGUUACAUGCUGCCUCUUGGAAGAAAACAAGCUCGCAAGUGUACCGAGUGUAGCUCGACCUGCCACAACAACUGCAUCCACUUUGUUCCGGACUUUUGUGGCAUCUCCAACGAGAAGGCCAAUGAGAUUCUGGGAGAGAUUCGCAGAGCUACCAAGGGUCGCCAGGGCACCAGCAUGUCAGAGCGCAAGUUGCGCCCAGGUACAGCAAACAGUGUUAGGCCCGCAGCUCAACCCUCUCAGCCUUCGUUCAUGCCCACUCCCACCCAUCAGGACCAGGCAUCAAACCCCCAAGACAGACCGCUUUCAUACGGCAAGGACCGCAUGUCGGACGCUUACGAUGCUCCUCCUCGAACUUCGCAGUACGGUGCUGCUCCGGCCACUUCCUCGGUUGAUGCUGCUCGUGCAUCCUUCGCCGCUCCUCCAUCUCCUCAACAGCCCGAAGCUCGUCCACCGCCCGCUCACCGUCAAUAUUCGUCCCAAUCUGCUGCAGCCGCCGCAGCAGCUGCUCUGUCAGGCAAACGUUCGUCUGCUGCAGAACAACGAAUUCCUCCUUACAACCGCUCCUCUACCGAUUACCAGAGGCAGCAACAGCAGGCGCAACAACAACAGCAGCAGCCGAGCCAAAGAAGCUCCACCGCAUCAAGCAGUGCCGAUCAGUAUCCUCAGCAGAGAAACUCCCAACCACAGCCUGCCGGCUACAACCCAGCAGAUUAUGCUGCUGUCAGUGGCUUCCCAGUUCAGCCUCUUCAGCAACCCCCUCAGCAAGCUCAACCUCCUCGCCAGCAAUACCCUCCAGCCCCGGCUCAAACACCUCCCCCAACCACUACCCCCACAUCACCACCCGCCAAGACCGCGACAUCUAUGGGUCCCCCUGCACGAAAAACUCAAGGUGGCAAUAUCCGUGUUGGUCUCGAUCACUUCAACUUCCUCGCUGUGCUUGGUAAGGGUAACUUCGGUAAGGUCAUGCUUGCCGAGACGAAGCAGUCCAAGCAAUUAUAUGCCAUCAAGAACGAUGAAGUCGAGAGCACGAGAUCGGAGAAGCGUGUCUUCUUGAUCGCCAAUAAGGAGAGGCAUCCUUUCCUCACCAACCUUCAUGCCUGUUUCCAAACCGAGACAAGAAUUUACUUUGUCAUGGAGUACAUCAGUGGUGGUGAUUUGAUGUUGCACAUUCAGCGUGGCCAGUUCGAAGUCUGCUUGGCACUGAAGUACUUCCAUGAGAACGGUGUCAUUUACCGUGACUUGAAGCUUGACAACAUCCUACUAACGUUGGACGGACACAUCAAGAUUGCGGAUUACGGUCUCUGCAAAGAAGACAUGUGGUACGGCAGCACGACUAGCACAUUCUGCGGUACUCCCGAGUUCAUGGCGCCAGAGAUUCUCCUUGAUAAGAAAUAUGGCCGUGCGGUCGAUUGGUGGGCGUUCGGUGUUCUCAUCUACCAAAUGCUUCUGCAACAAUCUCCAUUCCGUGGAGAGGACGAAGACGAAAUCUACGAUGCCAUUCUGGCAGACGAACCUCUCUACCCCAUUCACAUGCCGCGCGACUCGGUAUCGAUUCUUCAGAAACUCCUCACCCGCGAACCCGAGCUCCGUCUUGGCAGUGGACCAACAGAUGCUCAAGAGAUCAUGAGCCAUCCUUUCUUCAAGAACAUCAACUGGGAAGACAUCUACCACAAGCGCGUACCUCCGCCAUUCUUGCCCACCAUCAAGGGUAAGGCUGAUACUAGCAACUUCGAUUCCGAGUUCACAAGCGUCACUCCUGUCCUCACGCCUGUACAAUCUGUCUUGACCCAAGGCAUGCAAGAAGAGUUCAGAGGGUUCUCAUACACCGCCGAUUUCGUAUGA